AUGAAACUACAAUUUCCUUUGAAAAUAGAGAAUCCAGUUUUCAUUUAUAAUUCAUAACAAGGUGAAUUCUAAUAAGUAGAGACAUUUGCUUUUAAAGUCCCAAAAAUAAUGAAGCCUGUAAAUGAAAUAGAAGAUUGGACUUUUUUUCAGAUUAGCUGUUUAGAGUCUGAAGAAGUAGAUUUCGAAAGUGUUUAUUCAAUUUAACUUGACAUAAAUAAUGAAGUUCAUAGAAAUAGUAGUUUAAAAAAUUUAAUGGAAAAUUAUGAAAUAAAUUGGACUAAUCCUUUUAAUAUGAACAAUUAUGAUUUUCUGUUUAUUUAAGAAAACAAGAAUUUAACCUAUAUUGUUGCUUUUGAAAAUGAAGAAUUCCUUGUAAAAAAACUUAGCUUUAUUUUAUUUUAACUAGUAUUUCAGACUAAAUAUUCUGAAAUUGGACUUCGUAAGUAGGUUGAUGAUGCUUUAGAUUGGAUAUGUUAUUAAUCUUUGAAAAAAAUUAUACAAUAAAUUGGAAUGAUACAUAAUAUUGAAUAUGAAUCAAUGCUCGAACUCACUAAAAAAGUAUUGGAAAUAAACGAAUUUUAUCUUAACAAUAUGGAUAUCUAAUCAAUCAUAUAUAAGAAAUUUAUAUCGAUAGGUUUAUUUCCUUAUCUAUGUGAAUUAAAUUCUAUGGGUGAUGAUAUUGCUAAACUAUUUGUUACUAAUUUAUUUAUGGGAUCAGGUGUAGUUCCUUGGAGUACUAAAUAUCAUGCAUGUUUAUGUAAUAUAUUUCACAAUAGAUAGCUUUUGGUAAUGUUCGUUAUAGUUUUGUUAAUGAUUCGCUUUUUUUGGCCUAAACUGUAAGGAAAAAAAAAUAUAAGCCUCAUUGGGAUUAUAUUAGUUUAAAAAUUUUAGAUUUUUUUCCACUUAAUUCCUGGAUAGAAUCAUUAGGAAAUUUUUUUAUUGAAAACUUUUUGGCAAUGUUAAAUUAUAUUAAAACAAAUUUACCUUAUCUUAAAGUAAAAAGAUUAAGAAAAAAAUCAAAGUCAUAUCAAGAAGAUGAAAGCAGUUCUUUUAAAAGCCUUAAAGAACCCUUUCUUCUAGAUAAUGAGUUAAUGUAAGAUUUUGAUUCGAAAAUAGGUUAUAAUUGGAUGAAGAUUAAGAAUAUUUGAGAUUAUUCAAAGAUUUAAUUAGAAGUUCAAUUAAAGAAAUUAACUAUGAAAAAGUCUUUUAUGGAAUUAACUAAAAGAUAUCUAAAAUAAUUGAGAUCAAAGACAAUAUUACUAAAGAGUUUUAUGAUAAUUAUUAAUCAGAAUUGAAAAGGUAGAAUAACUUGGGACAUGCAAUAUCUAUAAUUAUAGAAACUGAAAUGAAAGGCUAUUCUCUUUUUACUAAUAAUUGUUAAACCCCUUUAGCUGCAUUUAUUUAUAGAGUUUGUGAAACUUUUCGUCCUUACUAAGAGAUAUUGAAACAAAAGAAGAAGUUAAAAAAUGCAAGUCUAACUAUAAGAAAAUCAGUGAGUUAAUUGGGAACUGAAAAGGAAGAUAUCUGUGAAGCUGAUAUUAAAUGGAUAAAUACAUAUUGUAAGUAUGCUUCAAUAUAGGAUUUGGCAAUGUUGGCGUAGUAAUUUAUUUUACCUGCAUCAUUAACUCAUAGUUUAGAUUAUUUUGGCUAUUAUAGUGAUAAAUUACAAUAAGAGUUCUUAGAUGAUAUUAGAAAGUUUAAUAAAAAUAUUGAUGAUUUUCAUAAAUCUAAUCAGCAUUAACAUAAUUUUCCUUUUUAUAAAUAAAAAUUCUGUAAAAGAAAACCUGAAGAUUAAAUAAAAAAAUUUGAAAAUUUGGUUAAUGAGGGAAUCAAAGUUGGAUUAUUUUCAUAUUUUAAUAUUAAGAUGAAAAAAUUAGAAGAUGCAUUAUCAAUUUUAUAAUUAUUUUCAACAUUAGAUACAGAAAAGCAUGAUGAUAUAAAAUUUGAUUUACAUUUUUUGAUGCAAUAUUAUGAAAUAUAGAUUGUAAAUUUAAAAAAGAGAAAGAAAAUUAAGAAAAACACAUAAUUAAAACAUCAAAUAUAAACAUAUUUAGAAACUGUUUAUUUUUUCUAUUUUAAUUCUAUAAGAUUACAAUUGAGUUUGAAAGAAAGAGCAAAUACACUAAGUUAAAUUGGAUAUGUAAUUGUGAAAAGUGAAAAUAAAGUGGAGAGAGAACAACCAUCAAAUAUUGAUUUAUAAAUUAUUGUCUGA